AUGAGCGUGAUCCCGGCCGGGCACGACGGAAGGAUGGAGGGCGGCGGCGGCUCCCCGAGGCUCCAGCCGCAGCCUCCCAGCAGCACCAGCACCUCCACCAGCACCUCCACCAGCAGCUCCACCAGCAGCAGCAGCAGCAGCCGGAGCAAAGAUGCCAGACACCAGCAGCAGCAGCUCCAGCAGAGGCACCACGGGGGGUCGAUGUGGAAGCAGCCGUCUCACAACGAGCCCUCGGACGUCGUGAGACGCGCUCUGGACUUCAAGUGCCAGGGCACCCAGUGCUACAAGGAUAAGAAGUACCGGGAUGCGAUCGGCAAGUACCACCGUGCCCUGCUGGAGAUCAAGGGGCUGUGCAGGGUGCUGGGAGACCCGGACCCCGGCAUCAAGCCGCCGUCCCCUCUGCUGCCCACCUUCAGCAAGUCCAGCACCCUGACGGACGAGCAGAAGGGGGCCAUGGAGAACGCAGAGCUGGAGUGUUACAACAGCCUGGCCGCCUGUCUUUUGCAAAUGGAGCUGGUGAACUACGAGCGAGUGAAAGAAUACUGUUUGAAAGUGCUUUACAAGGAAGGGAAGAACUUCAAGGCUCUCUACCGCUCCGGAGUGGCCUACUACCACCUGGGAGACUUCCAGAAGGCCCUGUACUACCUGAAGGAGUCACACAAUCAGGAGCCAUCAGACACCAAUGCCAUCCGCUACAUCCAGCUGACAGAGAUGAAGAUUCGCCGAAGCGCCCAAAGGGAAAAGAAAGAGGCCACAUAA